AUGGAUGGAUUAGUAGCUAAAAGCUUGGAUCCGUCGGUUUCUUCUAGUGAAGCUAAAGAAUAUAAAAGAUAUAUCAAUCAAUUUCGUAAUGUAACCCUUGCUUCAACACCAACGGGAGAUGAUGACCCGUCACUUACAAUUCACCCCGAAUACCAUCACUACGCAAAUUUUACACGAUUAGCUGAAAGUGUCGAUCCGACAACCGAUCUACGUGUUCAUUCCAUCGAUGAGCAAGUCUAUGAGACGUACACAGAAAUGCCUAAAAAAGCAAUGAUGUUACAAGGGGUUGGUGCGGGUGGCCAUCACUAUGCUAGCAGUGGUGCUGCAAAGAAUCGGUAUCAGGCAUAUGAGAGUUGGUUGAAGACUGGUCGAUUGACACCCUCAAUUAACACACAUCAUCGAAGAGCCACAGGAACAAAGAGCAGAAGCUCUGACAGAAAGUCUGGGUUGCGAGUCGUCGUCAUAUGCUCAAUUGCGCCAAUUAGUUUUAGCACACAACCACAAGAACAAAUGAAACAGAUUCUUAUGAUUAUGUAG